UUAUAUUUCGUCUGUGGCAGCCGGCGUACUGAAAUAUUGUUGUGUUUUGUGUAUGCUAAAUAAAUUUAUUUCUGCAAUUAUUAUAAAUAAUGUAAUAUAAAUAAUGUCAAACAUUUCGGAAUAUAAACAUUUUUUUCCUAUAGACAGCAUUAAAAAAGUUUGUACUAUUUUUGAGGAACAAUUGCGCAGUGAAAAAGAGCCGGACCUUGCCUUGUUUUCCAUAAUAGUUGGAGCGGUGGAAAACAACUUAACAAAUGUGAAAAACAGCGAUAAAGAUGUUAAUUUGGCGACUAAUAAGUUUGUUAAAAUGAAAUUCCCUUCUAUAGAAUGGGAGGAAGUGAAAUCUCUAUAUGAUCGUUUUGUUUCUUUGAUGAGAGCAGGUGUUGACGCAAAGUUACUUAAUGGGGAAUAUGCUACUCGUGAUUUAGUUAAGCGAGUAGCAGAUGUUGUAUGGAAUUCUUUGACUCGAAGUUAUUAUAAGGACCGGGCCCAUCUUCAAUCAGUUUACAGUUUUUUAACUGGAAACAAACUCGACUGCUUUGGUGUUGCUUUUGCAGUUACGGCGGGAUGUCAAGUUUUAAGUAAAAUGGAUGUUCAUCUCGCACUAUCAGAAGAUCAUGCUUGGGUUGUGUUUGGAAAAGAUGGCACAGAUACAGCGGAGGUUACAUGGCAUGGUAAAGGCAAUGAGGACAAAAGAGGCCGUUCAGUGGGAGAUGGUGUUUCAGCUCGGUCAUGGUUGUAUGUGGCUGGGAAACCUGUUGUGUGCACCCGCAUGAUGGAACUGGCUGCAUUAGUAUCAUCUAUCAAUCCAACUUUGACACCAACAAUUGAUGUUCAUGAAGUGGCUCAAAUGCAACAUAGGCUUCUCUGGCUCCUGUAUGAUAGUGGUCAUUUAGAUGCAUAUCCCAUGGCUUUAGGAAAUCUGGGAGACUUGGAUGAAUAUAUGCGAAUUUCAAAUUGCUCGGAAAGUACAGAAGAUACAUUGAUAUUGGAAGAAAAUGGUAGUAGACCUUUAAGGCCGGACUCAGCAACUUUAUAUAUUCAAGCUAUUAGAUCUGCGAGAACAUAUUAUGAUGAUAGACAUGUGUAUCCUUACACAUUUCAAGGGGGCUAUUAUCACCGGCAUAAGAUGUACAAAGAAGCAUUUAAUGCAUGGGCAUGUGCUGGUGAUGUUAUAAGACAUUACAACUAUUCACGUGAUGAUGAAGAAAUAUACAAGGAAUUUGCAGAAAUUGCAAAUGAAUUAAUUCCACAACUGAUGAAAGCUGAAAGUUCAGGACAUUCAGCGAGGUCCAUUUUAAAAGAUCCAGAAUGUUUUUCAUCUUUACUAAGAUUCUAUGACGGCAUAUGCAAGUGGGAAGAGGGCAGUCAAACUCCCAUUCUACAUAUAGGUUGGGCAAAGCCUCUUGUUAGCACUAUAUCUAAAUUUGAUGCUGAAGUGAGGGCACAAGUGCAAAUCAUAUGCAGCCCAGACAGUGAGGAGCCAGAAACACCUGAAGCAAGAAAAAACAAUGAUACUGAAGACACACAUGUGCAGAAAAAUAACGAUCAAUGGAAUAAUAACUCGGAUAACAUAGAAAUGAGUGUCCGUGAACAGCUAACGGCCGCUGUAAACAGUAGACCACGUGUUACAUUGUACAGUCACAAAAUGGCUGCAUUAAAGCCUUUAUUGCUAGCUGAGAGAUUAAAUACACAUGCCUUACAGCUUCAAUUAACUGCCCAAAGUCAGCUGCAAAGGCCCCCUGCACCAACUAAGAGAAGAGAUGAUGAUGAUCAUACUCCUGCGCCAACUGCGAGAGCCAAACGCGCACGCCGAGAACGCUAAUAUAGUUUAAAGCAGGUAAAAAAUAAGCACAAUUCAUUUUCGGUUAAAAUAAUGUAUUUUCCUUAAAGUUCAUUGAUAUCUAAACAAUGUUUAGCAAAAAUGUCAAAAACAAUAUUUUGCUAAUUAUUUAGCAAGUUUUAUGUUUUUUUGUGUUAAUGACUAUGAUUACAACUGUCUGUCGAUGGUAAUAUGAGGUUUUAAUGUGACAUACUAAGAUAGUAGUAGAAAGAAAACAAAGGGACAAAAAUAACAAAAUAUUUUCUAUAUUGUUAUAUUGAAUGGACAUAGGUGGGCGAUUUUCAUUCAUGUUGUUUCCUUUGAAAGAAUUCAUAUGAAAUAAUGUGAAUAAAUAUUAACUUCACACUUUAACUAAACCUUAGUGUAGGCCAGUGCUGGACACCGGCCUCUCCUAUUUUAGGCUUUAGGAUUAGUCAAUGGCCUUAGAGUGUGACUAUAUUGUAUUGCUAAACGUAGUUAGUCUUGCAAGCAAACCAGUGGGUGCUACUGGCCAUCUCCAGCUUAAUAUAAAAUUUAGAGUGUAAAUGUAAACUUUUUAAAACAUUAUUUUUUAUAAAAUUAUUGCAACAUUAUAUCUCCCAACAUUUUACUUAGUAGUUGCGUAAUUUCCCCACUGUGAUAAAUAAUAACGUGUUUGAUUUGUAUUUUAUUUUAUUAUGAGAUAAAAACGUUUUUUAAACUAAUUACAUGGCAACAGUGCCUUAUGUUGCUGAAAAUUUACCUCCCCUAUUUCCAUGAACAAUUUAUAUAGAUUGAAGUAAUUUUUUUAAUAAUUAGUACCUAUUAUAUUUAUUAAUAUUAAUAUUUAACGAUUUACUUAGUAGUAGAAGCAUGACAAUCUAUUAGUAUUUAAAAAGUUAGGAUUAAAAAUCGCAAGUCUAUUAUUGCCAUAUAUACAAAAUUGACAAUGACUUUGUUACUUAAAUUAAUUCAAUCAUGCCCAUGUUUGAUUAAGAAUAUAAAAUAUUAGACUUUGAGGCCCCUUAAGCCCAUUACAAACGCUUAGAACUGUCAGAACUGACCGUCUGUACUGGACUUUAAUCACCCUAUAUUUACAAUAGUUUUUAUAUUCCGAGUCAAGCUAUAAGUGCCGCCUAUCAAUUAAUUUGCAUAUUGUUUAUUUUGGCCCAAACCGGUCUUUUGUUAUUCAAACUGAAAAGUUGUUAUAAUAGCAUAAGUAAAUAUGAGUGAGCUUUGCUGAAAAGUUUUGAUUUUUUUCUAAUAAUCGAUUUUUUUUUGUAACUUUUUUGCACUUGUUAUAACUUGUUCCAGUUAAAACUUGGUUGUUAAUCCCAUUAACCUAGAUGGUUAUUUGUCAUAUUUUUAUUGACUUCUUAAAUGGUGAUAGUGCUGACAUUCCGCACAUUUUCCACACUUGAAACUUAUAUUUGUAAAUUUCUGUGAUGUUAAAUAUUAUAAUAUACGCGACAAGUCUAGGUUUGUAUGAGAACAUGUUCGCAACCGCAUUGUAGUGAGAAUAAAAAAAAACUGUUUCUCAUUUUGGCUGUAUUGCGACUAUCGCAUAAGCAUUUGGGCUCAUAAAAAAUCAUAGAUUCGUGUCGCGUGUAAAUAUUGUGAAUGUACUUCAAAGGGGUUGCAAAAGACUGACGAAUGGUAAAUUAACAUUCGUUCGAUUUGGUUGUAAUGUACAAAAUGCGUUCAAAUUAAUAUAGAAAAUUGUUGUUCUUAUUAGAUACCUUUAAAUAUUUUUACUCUAUGAACUUCUUAGGUCUUAGAGACAAGUGAAAGUACUUAACUCUAGGUGUGGUGUAAUCCCACUAGCGCAUUUAAUUGUGAAACUAAGUAUUAAGAUUAAUAUUUUGUCCGCAAUUGUUAGAAGUUUCAAUAUUCCAAAGAAGUAAAAAGAAUAUUAAUAAAAAAAAGUAUAAUCAAUCAUUAACUUAUUCUGAUAUAAAUGUAUGACAUGAUGGGUGUAAGAUUAUUAGAUUUCAUGCAUUUUAAUAAUUUUUGUGAUAAGUUAGUUGUGUAGUGUUAAUUUUAAACUAUGUUUGCAUUUAUGACUUUAACACAUGUGUAAUAUGAUUACAAAUUACUAAUAUUUAUGAGCAUACAAUCGAUAUUUUAUCAAUAUUUUUUAGAGAAUCGAAAUUUUAAUGUUGUUACGUUACAACCAUCAUUGUUUUAUUUUCCGUAUAUUCUGUUACGGAUAUAUGUCCCUUAUGUGUACAAAUGAUUGAUGAUUUAAUAAUAAUGCAUUGUUUGUUAGUGUUUAACACUUGCGUAAAUUUACUGGUAUGAAGCUGGUUUAAAAAUGUAAUAUUUUAAUAAAUUUAAUAAAAUAAUUUGUUGUAUUUUAAUUUUUUUCUAUCACCUUCCUCGUAGUUCCUUUUCCACGAUCUGCGUGGUUCUACGGUGUUAAUAACAACUGAUUGUCUACAAUUGCAAAGAUACACUGUCUGUUGCUGUUGCUAAAGUAUUCAUAGUCCGUACAAACUCGUACGUGCGUAUUAUAUAAUUUUUUGCAUCAAUAUAAAGUUUUUCAUUUAUCCAGUGCAACAUUAUUGUACCAAUAGGCAUAAAACUUACUAGCUUAGUCGUGACUAGUGUCUAAUACUAUAAAGCCACUAGUCAGAACUCUCAAAAAUUGAGGAAUUGCUUGAUCCCUUGCCAAUUUUAUGGGAUGGGGGAAAUUAGUUGUACUUUGUCUAGUGGUAAUUGGUAAUCCAUAACGUCGAGCAACCACAAAAGCAUUGUAUUUGCUAUCUUCUAAAAUAACAGUGGUUGAAACAGAUUUAAUAUCUUCGAUCGAA